UGUACAGUUUAAAACUGGUCUCAAAACUGUCAACACUUUGAAAACUCCCAUUGCGACAGAGCUGCAAUGGUCAGAAAGCAUUUCCUUUUUCCCAUGCGUGCCUCUCAGUUGAUCUUUGCAAAAUACCAAGCAUGAGGCUUCAUUCUGCAUUUCUUGGCUCAUGGGCUGGCUUUAACCAACUUCAGAUGUGGCUGCUGGCAUAGUUUUAUUGUGUGCUAACGUGAACGCAACGAUAAAAAGGAGCAUAGUACGCACUGAGAGACUUCCCCAAAGGCUGUAGGCAGAUGGAAUCUCUGUGCUGGUAAUGCACGUAAGAAGGCAAAGGCUGGAGAUGACCAUGACAGAGGUAGGAGGGAGCGGGCUGCUCCAGCAGGAGGACACAGGAUCACUCCCUUCUUGUGAAGGAAACAAAGAGAAGUCCAAAGAUUUCCACCGAAUGUCACAGAUAGGAACUGGUAAGCUGGAGAAGGCUGUUUACAAGCAUUACAGCUUCCCUGUCGCAUCUGCCUGCUGCAGCUCUGUGCUGCUUAAAGAGCCAGCAUUACCAACCAAGUUCCACACUGCCAGAGCUUUUCUAAUAGCCGCGAAUUCACUCCCAUAUCAUCGUGUCCGUGUCCCUCUCCCUCCCCCCACCUUUUAACAACUGCACCUUUUAACAAACCUCACCUAAAACCACUUAAACCACGCGUUUCAUCAGCCCCAACACAACUCUGUACGUGGUUCCCCUCAGUACUUUUCUUCCCCACCCCCUCGCGUAAAGGAGCCGCCCUCCGGCAGCGCGCGUACACCGCGCCAAGAUGGCGGUGCCCCCCGCCACGGCGCGUGCUCCGUGCGUUGCCCGCGGCGGUAUGGCGGUGCAGCCACUCGCCUCCCGGCUCCUGGCGGGGAACUGGGCCUGAGUGGGGCGAGCUGAGACUGACAAACCGUGAAGGAAGAAGGAGGGGAUCCUGAACCAGUGACAAGCUCUUUGCGCCUGGCAUUCGUCCCAGAGGACUGCUCCCACAUCAGUGCUGUUCCUAGUGGGACCAUGGAAGGACAAGAGACAUCACCAAGUCAUCAGUCAGAGGAGAGCAGCAUACUGGACCUUCCCUCUCUCUGUGACCUAGCAGAGAGCUUUCUGUCUCCACACAGCACGGAGAGCAGUGAGGAACUUUUUAAUUCUGUGGAUGCUUUCCCCUCUCCACUCACAGGAGAGAGCAGUCUACCCUCUACCAUUCCUUCAGGCUUUUCUGCUGGAAGCUCUGAGAAAGCGAAUGUGAGAUGUUAUCCAGAAGCCGGGAUGUGUGAGUACACUGAACCUGAUGAUGCUCUCUCAAGUGUGUAUGAACACGAUAGUAUGGAAGAUGCAAGCAUCAGGAAAUCACUUGAUAGCUUUUACAAAACACAUUGCAAGAAACAGCCGGACAGCACUGAUCCCACCUAUGAGGCUGCAUCGCAAUGUCUUUCAAAGAAGAUUUCAGAGCUAGCAGACCGGGAUGGUACUAAAUAUGCAUUGCGUUGCCUGCAAAUGGCACAGCUGGUCUUGAACAGAGAUGGAUGUAAGAUUUUUCCAAACCAUUCCGCUACUGCAUGUUUUUCAAAGCCAGCUGAGGGAGAAAUCAUGCUAGAGGACAGAAGGAGAACACCUGGACUAUCAGAUGACGUCCUGCAAUUCCUCUUGAAACAAACACAGACAGAACAUAGACCUGAUGUGCUGCAUGAGAAGUGAUGAAAAUGCUGGUUUGUUUGCGUCACCGGCGACU